UAGAUAAAAGAAGUGGUAGAAUUUGGUUAUGUUAGUGGGAAGUGUAACUUUUGUAUAGAGCUUGAAAAAAAUUCUUUUUCUAUUAGUCUUCAAGUUUGCAUGUAAUUUGAUAUAUUUUAUUUGUUGACCAUUUGAACUCAAGCACCCAACAUAUAAGCGGAAAGAUGCCAGCAGUACCAGGAGGUGUUUAUUCUCACCAGGGUCCCUCAUGUAUGGACAAAAUGAAAACGGGUUUUUUGCUAGGAUUUUGUGUCGGCAUCGCUAGCGGAGGCAUUUUUGGUGGAUUUUCAGCCUUAAGGAGCGGCUUGAGAGGGAGAGAGUUGGUGAACACAGUCGGAAAAGUAAUGUUGCAAGGCGGUGGAUCAUUUGGAACAUUUUUAGCAAUUGGUUCAGGUUUGAGGUGCUAGCGCCUAGAAAGAGACUGAAUAUUACUAGUCGAGGAAUGUAAUUAAUUCUUGGUGUAGAUAUUCGGGAUGCCUGUUUGAUGGAAUAAAUGUUAGUUAGAAACAA